AGUAUCUCGUCAUACAGUCUGGAGGCUCCCAGUCGCGCACGAAAAGCACUACAGAACAGUAUUUACGGGAACAAUUGCCCAAGUGCACAAAUAAAUUUGUCGAACUCAAACUGCGCGGUUUGGACCAGAAGUUUGCUCGAUGCAGUGAUUUUCAUUUUACUUCGGUUGUUCGAUGCUGCGCGAUGGCUGUUAUGGCUGCUUCUUUUCGCUCGGCGUCUAAUGGGUGCUACCAUCGAUGCGGUGGCAGCUGCUCUCUUCAGACGCUAUCUCAGUGGUGUGCUGGUGGAAGCGAAUUGCGUGCGCAUGGUGCGAUUUAUUCAGGAUUCUAUUUUCAGUGCCGAAUCUCCAGCAACAACAGAUCAGGAAAAAAUAUUACGCAUGGAACUGGCUCAGCGUCUAACUCUGGAAUACUUCCAAGAACAGCUCCCAAAUUUCAUCAUCAAGGCAAUUGGCCAGAAAAAGUUUCGCAUGGGCAUACAAGCAGUUUUUCGCACUUUGCAAUAUCCUCGUUUAAACAAGCAAUUAUCAUACGUUCUUCUCGACGUAAUUACGCGAAAGCUAUUCCCCCUAGAGAAUUUCCUCGAACUGCAACAGUAA